GGAGUAAGUAAUGUCUAACGAUUGUAACCUAACAUUUUAAAAAUGCUACUGCUUUGUAAACAUCACUAUUUUAAUAAUAUUUUAAACAUAUUAAAUACUGUUUUAUACUCUUAUUAUUUUUUAUUACUUCCAUAUAUUCGUCUUCUUGUGUACCGAUAUGGCUGAAAUGACAAUUUUGAAGAAUAGUCUAUGUUCAUGCCGACAUUGAUGGUGUUAUGACAGUGAAUGUAAAGUGGUUACACUUUUUCAAUAGAUUGAAAAAUAAUCUAACUUUAAAUUCUUCUUUUCCAACUAAUUGAGAUUUAAGUGGAUUAAAGGCCUAAGGACCAUUUGAUUACAUCUGUAAAAUUAAAAGAGAUGAAUACAGAAGUAAAGAAUAAUUUACGGAAACUGUUCAAGGAGUAUGCCAUUGAGAAACAUGAGGACGAAUUAAUUUCUUUGAUGAAAACGACUGAUGAUACUCGUCAUGUUUCCAUUACUGUCAAUUUUGUCACUCUGUUCGAGACAAGCACAGAGCUGGGAGACGGGAUUCUCUCCAACCCGUCAGUGGUGCUACCGCUCUGUGACAAGGCACUCGUCCUUGCUCAGUCCGAAUUGCGAGAGAAGCUGCCCCAUCCCGAACAGCUCACAAUCAAGCCUAGGAUCCACGCCAGAGUCACUGCACUUCCAGUGUGCCCAGAGUUACAUCGGACAAUAUUCCCACGUAGCGACGACGUCGGGUCAUUCCUCAGAGUCACAGGAACGGUGGUACGCUCAACCGCACCCAAAAUGCUGGAAUUCCAGAGAAGUUACAUUUGCGCAAAGUGCAAAUACCACACUUGCAUCAAGGCAGACUACGAGAAAUACUACGUGAUCUCUGUCCCGAGUGUAUGUGGCAACCCUGAAGGCUGCAAGAGUACCACCCUGACAGCAGUUAAAGCCGUAGACCACCUCAGCUACAAGGAUUAUCAAGAAAUAAAAUUACAGGAGCAAGUGAGCAAGCUAGGCAUGGGGACGAUCCCUCGGUCGAUGUGGGUCACGCUGGAAGAUGAUCUGGUGGACUCGUGUAAACCUGGAGAUGAUGUUGUCAUCUGUGGAACGGUGAUGAGGCGCUGGAAGCCAUUGAGUGUGGGUGCUCGCUCUGACAUUGAACUGGUGCUGGCAGCCAACCAGCUGCAAGUCUGCAACGACCAACGCUCGGCUGUACUCAUUACGCAGGAAGUCAAGGACGCUUUCGCUACGUUCUGGCAGGAUAACGCACAUCGACCCCUGCAUGCCCGCAACCUAGUCCUGGCUUCCGUUUGCCCUCAGGUGUAUGGACUGUACCUGGUGAAGCUGGCCGUGUCUCUGGUGCUCGCCGGGGGUGUCCAGAGGUCAGAGGGAGGCACCCGAGUCCGGGGGGAAUCCCACUUACUGCUGGUGGGGGACCCGGGAACGGGCAAGUCCCACCUGCUCAACUUUGCUGCCAAGGUGUGCCCGCGCUCCGUGCUCACUACGGGAGUGGGUUCUACGUCAGCUGGACUCACUGUCACCGCAGUCAGGGAGAAUGCAGAGUGGCAACUGGAGGCAGGAGCUCUGGUACUCUCGGACGGAGGGAUCUGCUGUAUUGACGAGUUCAACUCUAUCCGAGAACAUGACCGCACUUCCAUACAUGAGGCGAUGGAGCAGCAAACCAUCAGUGUAGCCAAGGCGGGGCUGGUGUGCAAGCUGAACACCCGCUGUACUAUUCUGGCAGCGACAAACCCCAAGAGCCACUACGACCCCAGUCAGCCACUCAGCGUCAACAUCGCCAUCGCAAGCCCUCUGCUCAGCCGCUUCGACCUGGUCAUGGUGCUCUUGGACUCGUGCAACACCGAUUGGGACAGGAUAGUAUCCGGAUUCAUACUGGAGGGAAAAGACCCAGCGAAGGAUUGCAAGUCCUCCUCUCUCUGGAGCUUAGAGAAGCUGCAAGCCUAUUUCAGUGUAAUCAAGAAUUUACAACCUCGGUUCUCUGACAAUGCAAACAAGAUACUUACCCGCUACUACCAGGAGCAACGUAAGAUGGCUGCCCGCAGUCUAGCACGAACCACAGUCCGGCUGUUGGAGAGUUUGGUCAGGCUAUCUCAGGCGCAUGCUAAGCUGAUGUAUCGAGAAGAAGUUACUGUUCUAGAUGCUAUAGUUACUGUAGCACUGAUUGAGUCCAGUAUGCAAAGCACAGCUCUGAUUGGACAAGUCAACAUCCUCCACACCAGUUUCCCCAAAGACCCUGUUGAUGAGUAUGCUCGCCAAGCGGAACUAAUUUUGAGGAGACUGAACUUGUCUGAUGUUUUGGAAGAGGAAAUGGCCAAUAUUGAAAAGAUGCGGAAAAUUUUAAAACAUAAACGCAAUCAACCAUUAAAGAAGCAAACUUUUGAAAAUGAAAAUAGGAAAAAUACAUCUGUAGAGAACGUACUUUUGAGUCAAAGUCAAAAUGAAGUCAAGGAAACUUCUCUUUCAUUGAGUGAUGAUAAUGAGAAAAUGGCUUUGUUUGAGUCAGCAAAUGUAAAUGAUCAAGAAAGUAUAGAAGAGUUGGUAUUUCCCUCAACAUCAAAAGUGUCAGAGAAACUGUGUGAAGUUCUAGCAAGUAUAAGAAGAGCAAGAGAAAGAAAUGCUUAUGAAGCCACUCAACAUUUACAAGCAAAAAAAGACAAGAAGUCUGGCAAGAUGGCAAGAGGAACAAGAGAGAAAAGAAAAGGAAGUGACACAAUAUCAAAGAAAUGUCAGAAAGAAGCUUUAGAUAUUAGUGAAGAUUCUGAUAAGUUUGAUACAAGCUUCCUUGAUAUUUCAAUUACGCCAGAAAAAGAUUCUGAACCAGUUGGCUCUAAAAGGAGUAAAGAAUUAAAAGAUAAAACACGAAAAGGUUUGAAUAGAAACAUUAGACACCCAAUUACAAAGUCAAAUAUUGAUGUAAUUUCCCCUGAAAGUAAUGGUUAUGAUGUGGAGGUGGAAAUAGAAGAUUUGUUUGAAAAGAAAAAUGAAUGUAAACUAGGUAAGUUAAAAACUAAAAAUAAGUUUCAUCAUGCAAAUAAAAACAAAGAAAGUGUUGACAAAAUCGACUCUGAUUCUGAAGUUAGUAUAGAUGAAAGGGAAAUUUCAAAAGAAAGCAAAUCAUUUCUUAAUGAGAAAGGUUCAGUAGACACCCAAAAAAAAUCUAAUUCUUCAUUCAGUAAUAAAAGUAAAACAGAAACAACUAAAAAAUCAUUAAAGUGUGAAGAAGGUAUUCUAGAUUCUACGUUUAAGGAAAUAUGUGCAGUUGGAGCAAGUAAAAAAGGAAUUGGUGAGAAACUGGAUGUGUUCUUGAAAAGAAAAUUUGAUUUUAAAACUGUACAACCAGUUAAGAAAUUUAAACACUAUACUGAAGAAGAAGAGUUUGAAACAUGUAAAGAGACUUCAAAGAACUUUACUGUAAACAGCACUGAUAUAACUGAGUUCCUUCCUGAAAUUACUUCAAGUGCAAAGAAGUCAAGAAGUAUUAAAAAUAAUAGUUCAUUAAAUAAUAUUUUGAGUCUGGAAAAUGAAGAAAACAAAUUAAAUAGGACAGUUUCUUCAACAAAGCCUACAGUUAAUGCAAAAACACAUCAAAAGCUUAUGAAAUUUUCAGCAAAAACAAAAUCUAAUAUUUCAGACUCUGAUAAACUUCCAGAUUCUCUUUUAAACAUAAAGGAUGAGCAGGAAACCCUGGAGAAUAGUAACGAGGAUGAAGAAUUUAAUAUUAGUUCAUAUUGUGAUUUAGAAGUUAGUAGACAGUGUGUAGAAGAUGCGGAUUCUGAUACUGGCAUUAAUAGCCAUGCAGUAGCAAGUGCAGUUUUGAGUUCAGAAGUAAACUCACAACCAGUUAUGAUUACAAAAGAGGGUUCUCAAUCCAAGUUAGGUUCAGAAUCAUCUUCUAUUCAAACAGAAACUACAAAACCUAUGUCAACAAUUAGAGAUGAUUCUGAACCUACCACUGCCACACUCAGUAAUUACUCUCAACCCUUCAGUUUGAUUGAUGGUGAAGAAAAUUUGGAUGAUAUUGAUUUUGAUUUGUAAUAGGGAAAAGAAAAAAGUUUGAGUCUGGAAAAUGAAGAAAAAAGAUUAAAUAGGACAGUUUCUUCAACAAAGUCUACAGUUUACAUCGAAAGCUUAUGAAAUUUUCAGCAAAAACUGGACUUUUGCUGUGCAGUAAAUGUUUGUUGUGCAUGAUGUAAAGAGGUGAGUGGUUGUGACUGUAAAGUAUGUAGUUUAAUAAUAUAUAGUCUCAGUACAUACUACUUGUACCCUUAUAUUUGUUUAAAAUUGCAUAAAAUUAUGCUCAGAAGAUAUAUCUAAGUGAAAAUCAGAGGAAAAGUUAUUGGAGCUAGAUUUCUUUGCUUAGUGGACCACUGGUAGUUGAAUUAACAAGAUCAAGAAAAUGCUGUAUUUCUGUUAAAACUUGUAUUUUUUUUUUAAAUAUUUGAGCAAUAUGUGUGAUACCUUGUGUUAAUUAAUCAACAUUUACACUUAAUUUACUCUAAAAAUAAAUAUUUUGAUUUUAUUUUAUUAUAUUUUUUCUUUUAGCAUAGCAUUAAUUAUUUUAAGAUUUACACAAUCCGUAAUGAGUACAAUAGAGAGAAAACGUCCACACUUGAUGGGACCAAACCCCUUUUUGAAACUCAAAAUACUUCUUUGUUUUUCUCCUUAGCCAAUAAUUAAUUGUUGAUAUAAAAAAUUAUACCUGAAAUAAUUUUUUGAACUACUUUGACAUGAUGUAGGCUAUUCUAGAAUACUCCUUUUUUAUUGUAAUUUUGGUUGUCAUAACAUUGGUUAGUCAAUAUACAGGACAAUAUAUACUUAUAAUUUUAUUAGUUGUCUCUGUAUUAAUAUUAAAUGUACUAAUUUUAAUAUAAGCAUAUUCAACAAUAAUAAAAGUUCACAAUUAAUAUUAUUUUAGAUUUAAAUUAUAAUAUUGUCGAUAAUUUGUACAUAACCGUGAAGUGUAUAUUAUAAAGUGUAAAAAUAAGCUACCUAUAAGUUUUAUUAUUAUUUUGGAUUAUUAUCAAGGAUCACUGUAUGUUUAAAUUGUGUUCGAGUUUAUUACAUAUUUUUGUUGGUAUUAAUUGUUAAAAAUUCAUUAACUCUAUUAAACUGUAUUGUUUUAAUUUUUUCAUUAUACAUUUAAUCAAUGCUGCU